AUCUGUCUUUCUGAGGAGGAAGGAGAAAUGGGGCACAUUGCUGAUCCUGCGGGCGCCGUAGUCGUGGGCUGCAAAGUGCUGCCCAUCUUCAACGAGAAUGGCAUUGUGGAUGGCGCGGUGAAGAAGAUCGUGCACAGGAUCGACGGGAAGAAGGCGGUCGCCCGGGUGAAGGAGCUCCUCAAGUGGGCUGCGCAUGCCAGGCCGUACGGCAGCAGCAACGGCGUCAGCGGGAAGAAAUGGAAGCAGUUUCUGAGCUUCCAGGGAAGGGAUGGUGGUGGUGCUGCAGCGCCGGUAUCAAAGUGUGACGACGACGCGAGCUCCGGGUCCGGGUCCGGGUCCGGUGGCAAGCUGAGCUUCAAGUGGGAGGCGGGCAGCUGCUCGUCGGCUUCGUCGGUGCUGUACUCGCCGCUGUCGUUCGCGUCGGCGCCGGCCGGGAGGACGGAGCAGCAGACGCCGUCACGGGGGAACGGGAACUACAACUACAGCUACAAUGGGUACGCGUCGCGGCUGUCGUCGGUGAGCCAGAAGAGCACGUCGUCGGAGGCGUGCCGGAUGGCGCAGUGGAUCACCACCGAUUCAGACUUUGUGGUGCUGGAGCUGUAAGUGAAAAAUGAUACGCAUUGCUGAAGAUGGUGGAGGCAAGAUUUGAGAAAGUGGUGAUGACUCAUCAAGCUAGCAAGCUGGCUAGUAUUGUUAAUUACUCUAGUUAGUUAGGGAGGGAGCUAAAUAGUAGCAGAUGCAUGUGCUGCUAUCUAUUCUAGACUGAUGAGGAGCCUGAUGCAUGAUCAAGGAGAAGAGAAGCAAUUAAUCAAGGAGGAUGAUGCAUGAUGGAGCAGCAAAGCAAAGCAAGCAAUGAUGGAGUUAUCAAAUUAAGUCAAAGUGUAUAUACAUUAGCUAGUGUAUAUGCGUGUCUUUUUUGAUUGAUAAAUAAUAAGGUGUACACGCGUUACGCGAUUUUUUGUUUUGUUCCUUUUUGAGAUAAAGAGAUGAUUACAUGGUUU